AUGAAUUUCGAUGUUGGAGGUCCAUCAUACUUAUCAUCAUCUUCAUCUUCGGAUGAUGAUAAUUUUCUGUCCAAUAUCAUUGCAGAGAUUGAUGAAACCGAAGAAGUAAUUUGUGAGUACAUCAACAACAACAUGAUCCUCGUUAACAAUUUACGUCAACACAACUACCAACCGAUCCAUGGUGGCUCGAUUCCCGGUCAUGCAGUGAUCAACCGCGAUCGAGAAAAUGCGCAUCAGAAUUUGGUCAUAGAUUACUUUGCCGAUAAUCCACGUUUUGGAGAAGAUAUGUUUCGUCGUCGAUAUCGGAUGUCAAGAAGUUUGUUCCUUCGUAUUGUUGAUGCAGUGAAAGAUCAUGACUAUUACUUCCAACAACGAAGUGAUGGACUUGGUAGAAUGGGAUUAUCACCGUUACAGAAAGUAACAGCUGUUUUUCGCAUGUUGGCAUACGAUUUACCAGCUGAUGCUACAGACGAAUACGUUAAAAUAGGUUAG